UUAACCUGAGACAAGUAGCAGAAAGAAUCAAGUAUGUUUACAUCUAUAUAUUGAAUGCUUCUGAAAACUCUUUUUGUAGGAAAAAGUAGCAAAUGAAGAUUCAAACACUCAAUUCUUUGUUAACUCUCAUUCUUGCUGUUAACAUUUUGUUAUUUUUAAGUCUAGGUCAGGUUUUGUCGACGAAUACCGAUGGUGACUUCCGUCAAUGCCUAAUUUUCAAUUCCGAUAACUCCACUUCGAUUUCACAAGUUAUUUACAGCCCGAAUAACUCUUCAUACACAUCAAUUUUGCAAUUUACAAUAAACAACUUAAGAUUCACAUCACCAUCAAUCCCAAAACCUCUUUUUGUAGUUACACCAGUUGAUGAAUCACAAAUUCAAACAACCAUUUACUGCUCCAAGAAGCACGGAUUGGAGAUCCGAACUCGUAGUGGAGGCCAUGAUUUUGAGGGGUUGUCUUAUGUUUCACAAGUUCCGUUUGUGAUCCUUGAUCUUAUAAAUCUAAGAUCCAUCACAGUUGAUAUGAAAACUGCAACUGCUUGGGUUCAAGCUGGUGCAACUUUAGGUGAACUUUACUAUGCAAUUGCACAGAAUAGUCAAACUCUUGGAUUCCCGGGAGGUAUCUGCUAUGCGUUAGGACUCGGUGGAUACAUUAGUGGAGGCGGGUAUGGUGCAAUGGUGAGAAAAUAUGGUCUUGCAGCUGAUAAUGUCAUUGAUGCACAAUUCAUCAAUGUACAUGGCAAGAUUCUUGAUAGAAAAUCAAUGGGCGAGGAUCUUUUCUGGGCUAUUAGAGGAGGGGGAGGUUCUAGCUUUGGAAUUAUUCUUUCAUGGAAGAUAAAGCUAGUUCCGGUUCCAAAAGUGGUGACCGUGUUCGCAAUUGAUAGAACCUUGGAACAAAACUUAACCAAAAUAAUCCAAAAAUGGCAAUAUGUUGCACCAAAAACCGACAAAAAUCUUGACAUUAGAGUCCUAAUGUUCAGCGUUGUCAACCCAAACACAGGAAACCGAACAAUUCGGGCAACUUUUGAUACCGUUUUCCUCGGUGGAAUCGACAGAUUACUUCCACUUAUGCAAGAAGAAUUCCCAGAAUUGGGUCUGAAAAGAGAAGACUGUACUGAAAUGAGCUGGAUUGAAUCAGUGGUAAAUGGUGCUGGUUUCACAAAUGGAGAGCCUGUAGAGAUUCUACUUAAUAGAACCGCCCUGCCAAAAAAUUCUAUUAAAGCAAAAUCAGAUUUCGCAGCACAUCCUAUUUCUGAAGAUGGGUUUGAAGGGAUAUGGGGGUUUUAUAAUGACAAAAUUGAAGCUGGAAUGGCACUUUUGGUGCUAACCCCAUAUGGAGGAAAGAUGGAUGAGAUUCCAGAAUCAGCAAUCCCAUUCCCACACAGACUUGGAUCAUUGUAUAUGAUUGAAUAUGUGGUUGCGUGGGAUGGUGAUGCAACAUCGCCACAUAUAAGUUGGAUUAGAAACUUAUACAAUUACAUGGCUGCUUACGUUUCCAGCUCUCCUAGAAGAGCUUAUUUGAAUUAUGACGAUCUAGAUUUAGGAGCCGGUAAAACCUAUGCAGAAGCAAGUAGUACUUGGGGUCCAAAUUACUUUGGAAACAAUUUUAACAAACUGGUAAAGGUGAAGACAAUGGUUGAUCCUGGUAACUUUUUCAAGCGUGAACAAAGUAUUCCUACGAGGUUCUAAUGUUAUUAACUUAUUGACAGAAAAUAAUGCAAUAAUAAAAGUAAAACAAUUAUAUUCUA